UCUCUCGACUUGAUAGUAUUCUCAUGUUUUUUUUCCGUUUUUUUUUCGUUUUUUUUCCUGGGUGGGUCGGAUGGGUGUGGGUUGGUUGGUCAAUGCUCCGUACGGGAUACGCUGUUUUGUUUUUGAUGUUUCCAGUUGAGGCUGCUCACUUGCACUCUGAAAUUAGGGACCUUAUGAUAUUAUGCAUUUUCGUUCUCUAUUCGCCAGAGUUUUCUUGUCUCGUGUUGGGUUUGGUUUUUAUCAUUUAUCGGUCUUCCUAUUUAUUUUCCAUGUCCUUCUUACUUUCUUCUGUGUUCGCUCCGAUUGCGAUUUUCUGUCUUUUUGUUUGGCAGGUUGGGGGUUUUUUCCUUUUUCCUUUUUCUUUCUUUUUUUCUCUUUUCUUGAUGAGAUGCCGGACGGACGGUUCACGGCGGAGAAAGCAAAUAAUCAUGAAAGCUCACUCUGAGUGCCACUCAGAGCUCCACAAAUAGCAUUUUGGUUAUCACCGCUGUAUCCUGACUCAGCGAAGUGUGCUUUUGAAGGCGGUCAGGG